AUAUUCAGUCAGCCGUGGGGGUCAGGAUCGAGUCUCACCACAAAAGUCACGUCAAAAUGGCAUUGCUCAGUGAACCAGUCUAUGGUAAUAAUUCUGAGUUUCGACUGAGCUUCGAGUUUAACACAACUUCUGCUGAUGGAAUCUUGUUCUAUGGCAGAAACAGGAACCCGCAGGAGAUGAUAGCGCUCGUCCUGGAGAACGGUGACCUCAUGUACAAAAUCCGGUGCUCCACUGUUUACGCAGACAUCUUGGUGCCAACACAAAACAACAGCUUACUCAACGAUAGCACCUGGCAUACAAUUUCAUACAGUAUUGAGUAUGGAUCAUACAGCAGCCAGGGCCGUCUAGAACUUGAUGGUCGCUUAGAUUCAAGGGUCGGGAGGUAUUCAUUCAGCUGUGCGAAUCUGACUAGGCUCAUCAUGGGCGGACAUAGGGAACGAGACAUUGGGAACAUUCAUGGCCUUGAGAACUUGCCCGGACAUUUUGAAGGCUGCAUCAGAAACGCUUUCGUCACGAAUGCCCAAGCCCACCCACCCAAGUACUCAUUUGUUUCCAUCUGCGAAUAA